ACUAAGUGUGGUUAGAGGAAAAAAUGGCUUCUAAACAAUGGCCACAUGAGCAACUUGAACCAUCUUUCUUUUCUUUUACCUUUCACCGAUUUCUAUUAUGCUACCUUCUAAUUACUAUCAUUGUUGUGUUGAAGCUAGCAAGGGCCAAAAUCAAAGCCAAUCUCAAUCUACCUCCAUCCCCUCCAAAGCUACCAAUCAUUGGCAAUCUUCAUCAACUAGGCACAUUCCCAUACCACUCCUUCAGAGCCCUCUCACACAAGUAUGGUGCUCUUAUGAUGUUGAAGUUGGGGAAGACUCAAGCCAUUGUGGUUUCAUCUGCAGAUGUGGCCAAGGAAAUCGUGACAACUAAUGACAUAACAUUCUCAGACAGACACAAAAUCACAGCAGUGAAAACCAUGUUGUAUGGAGGUAAUGACAUUGGUUUUGGAUCCUAUGGAGAAAGGUGGAAACAAAAAAGAAAAAUAUGUGUCCUUGAGCUUUUGAACCACAAAAGGGUGCAAUCAUUUAGUCACAUCAAAGAAAAAGAGGUAGCACAAAUGGUUAACAAGAUACAUGAAGCAACCUUGAAUGGUGCACCCUCUGUGAAUCUAAGUGAGUUGCUCAUCGAAACAGCAAACAAUAUCAUAUGUAAAUGUGCUCUUGGACAGAAUCACAAUUUAGAAGACUGCUAUAUGAAGGUUAAAGAGAUUUCAAGAAAGAUGAUGAUUCUUCUUACAGUUAACACUUUGGGAGAUCACUUUCCUUUCUUGGGUUGGGUUGAUGUUCUCACAGGCAAAAUUAAACAAUUCAAGGCCACUUUUGGAGCAUUGGAUGCUUUAUUUGAUCAGGUGAUUGCUGAGCACAAGAGGAUGAAGAGGGAAACUGACAACCCCUCCACUGAGAAAGACUUUGUGGAUAUCCUCAUCCAAGUUCAGGAGGGUGGCAUGCCUGGCUUUGAGCUCACCAAUGAAGACAUUAAAUCAAUUCUAUUGGAUAUGUUUACAGCAGGAAGUGAUCCAACCGCAACAACAUUAGAAUGGGCUAUGGCAGAGCUCAUGAGAAACUCAUUGAAAUUAGAGAAAGCCCAAGAAGAGGUGAGAAAAUUUGUAGGGCAUAAAUCAAAAGUAGAAGAAAAUGAUAUAAACCAAAUGGACUACGUCAAAUGUGUGGUCAAAGAAACUUUAAGGUUGCAUCCACCAGCUCCAUUCUUGAUUCCUAGAGAGACAUCAUCUAAUGUGAAGCUUAGAGGGUAUGAUAUUCCAGCAAAAACAAUGGUAUAUGUGAAUGCAUGGGCAAUUCAAAGGGACCCUCAACUUUGGGAAAGGCCAGAAGAGUUCAUUCCAGAGAGAUAUGAUAGCAAUCAUGUUCCUUUCAAAGGCCAAGAUCUCCAUUUUAUUCCAUUUGGUUUUGGGAGAAGGGCAUGCCCUGGAAUGACAUUUGGGCUUGCUUCUCUUGAGUAUAUUCUAGUCAACCUUCUCUGUUGGUUCAAUUGGAAGCUGCCAGAAACUUAUACAUGUGGACAAGACAUAGACAUGAGUGAGACAUAUGGGCUCAUUACUUCCAAAAAAGUCCCUCUUCAUCUCAAACCAAUUCCUUUGUCAUCUCAAACCAAUUUCUAGUUUAUAACUUUAAAAUGAUUUACGUUAUGAGUUUCCUUCUACUUUUGUGUGAUG